CACAGUAGCACAGAGGCAGCACAGGGCUUGGGGGCAUGGCAGAAGCCUAGACCAUGCUGCAGAAUGGCCUUCUGGGAGUAUCUAGCUGCCAGGAUCUGGGAACCGCCCCAGGCUGAGCAUUCUAGAAGUCUCCUCCCUGCUGCUAUGAGUCAGGCCCAGGGAAACACUUUCAGUUUUGUUUUCUCACGUGCAAAGAAACCGAAACUCCACAGAAGUACUCCAAGAAGCUGACCAUGGAGGCUGACUUUCAAGUGUGUGGGAACUGCAAAAGAAGUGUGUCGUCUCUCCACUUCACGCUCCAUGAGGCCCACUGCCUGCGCUUCCUGGUCCUUUGUCAGGAGUGUGAGGAGCCCAUCCCAGAGUCCAAGAUGAAGGCGCACAUGGAAGCUGUGCACCAGCAGGAGAUUGGGCCUAUGUCCUCCAACUUCCCACAGACCAAGGAAAGCCAACAGCAUCCUGCCAAGUGCAAGUUCUGUGAGCUGGCCGUGCAACUCAGCAAUCUGGACGUCCAUGAGUCCCAUUGUGGCAGCCAGACAGAGCAUUGUCCACACUGCAAGCAGCCCAUCCCACGCCGAGCACUGGCCCAGCACAGAGACGUGUGUCUGAGUGCAGAGGGCAGGCCUGAGGAAGGGAAGAGAAUGAUAUCAUCUCCUGGAAGAAAAAAGUAUUGUGAUAUUUGCAAACAAAUGAUUCCAGAAAAUAAGUAUGUCUCCCAUAUGUAUUCACAUUUGCAGAAACAAUGUUCAGCCCCAAGAACUGUGAGCCGUAUCCAGGAUGGAAGUACAAUAGUCCUUCCUUCAACCCUUCCAUUUACGGACACUGGGAAUCGAAGCUCCACUGUGAGUAAAGAUGUCCGUCCAAAGACAAGAAGUAGACACAGUUCAACAAAGCGAGAGACAAAGGACCAGAAUGGCACUGAGGAUCUGCCUUGGAAAUCUGGGCUCCAGCAGUGGGCUGCUCUUCCUAAAGGAGAGGAGACGGCCUAUGACGUUCUCCGGAACUGUUGUCAGUGCCGCAUCUUACUUCCCUUGCCGAUUCUAAGAGAAGUGCCUGAGGUUAGCUCAUCAAAAGAAACUCGAGUGAGGAGGGCGAGCAGGAUUCCGAAGAGCGAGCGCCAGUUCACACUAGCUUCCCAGCUUCCUUUCCUGGUGGUCAAAACUUUGCUUUCUUUACCAGUCUCUGUAACUGAAUCCCCCCCCCCCCUGCCCCUUUAAUUUCUAACUGUUCAUACAUGUUUACAAUGUCCUGUAAUCAUACUUGUCCCCAUUGCCUCUGUCCUCCCCAACCCACUCCUAUGAACCCCCUUUCUUCCCAACAGUUCCCUGCUUUCACAUCUUGAGUCCAUGAUUACGGAUGCUUGUGUGUGCAGGCACGCAUGCUAGCAGGCACAUUCUUAUCCAGGUCUUGUACCGGUAACCACAGCUGGUGUGUGCCCGUUUGCAACAUAUAUGGCCAUGCUGAAUCCAGGAGAGCAUCUGAUAGCACUCCACCCGGCCCCUAAUUCUUUGGGCUCAAUCUUCCACAAUGUCCCCAGGGCCUUGGGAAGAAUGUGUCAUCUUGGGCUCAGGCCAGGGUACUUUGGGCAGUCUUUAUUUAGGAAAAGAGACAGGCUUUCAACUUUGGGCUUCAGAAGAUGACUUUUCCUUCUUCUGAGCUACAGACGACCGGGAGAAAAGGCUUUCGCUUCUUGCACUGAACUCCUAAGCACCUAGGCGCAAUUGCUGGGUUGGUUGCUCAAGAGACCCUCGCUGUAUCCUAAGUUUCUCCUUUUUCUUAGCUUUCCUCAUUGGCUUUUCAGGACAAGACAGGUUAGGAAUAUGAGGCCUGGAGGAGGAGAUGCUUCAGGAGAAAGGAAGGAAGGAGAGGGGGAGGGGAAAUGGAAAGGAAGGGAAAGAGAAGGGGGAGGGGAAGAAAGGGAAGGGGAGGGAAGGGAAGGGAAAGGCAGAACAGGGAGAAUUAAAGUUCCAGAAAGUCUUCAUACUGAGCAGUCUAAAAAAGGCUGAUUGUUAGAAGGGCAAUGGUUGUGGGGAAGUUAGCCAUCUUGAGCUUGGUUAGCCACGGUGCGGGGCCAUCUUGAGCUAUCUUGGCCCCUUAAAAAGCUGCUAAUUGCCCUCAUCUGUGCAUGACCCAACAUCCUGUGACUUCCUAGGUGAAGUUUCUGAACCUAUGAGCAGAUCCCAGCUGCUAAGAAGGCCGUCACAUGUGUACCCGGGGCCCACAGCAAGGCCUCCCCACUUUGCUCCCACCUGUUGCAUCACCGGACUCUGUAAAGUGACUUUUGUUCUGUUACUAUAAAAACAAUUGUUACCAAGGUCAGAACACGGAUAUCUGAGGCAAACAGGAUCUGUAUUUCUAGACCACAAUCACUCAUUUGGCUCCAAAAUAAACCAUGUCUUCAUCUCCUUUGA